AUGCGCCGCGGCCCAAGGUGCGUGCAGCGGGACGGAGCAGGGGGGCGCCCCUGUUGCCCUGCACGCCCCACUCUGGCUUUCAGAGGUGACGGAGAUGGAUGUGGGGCAACACCGCUGCUGCGGCCCUGCCCCCCCCUGCAGGACAAGGCGCGCAAGCCCGACUGGCUCAAGCGGGAGCUGCCCGGCGGCGACGCCUACACGGGCAUCAAAUCGAAGCUGCGGGAGCUCAAGCUGGCCACGGUGUGUGAGGAGGCCAAGUGCCCCAACCUGGGGGAGUGCUGGAAGGGGGGCGAGGGGCACGCCGCCACGGCCACCAUCAUGCUCAUGGGCGACACCUGCACCCGCGGCUGCCGCUUCUGCGCGGUCAAGACGUCGCGCGCGCCGCCGCCGCUGGACCCCAACGAGCCGGAGAACACCGCCAAGGCCGUGGCUGCCUGGGGGAUUGAAUACGUGGUGCUGACGUCUGUGGACCGAGACGACCUGCCCGACUAUGGCGCCGCGCACAUCGCCGCCACCAUCCGCCACCUCAAGGAGCAGACGGCGGGGCGGCUGCUGGUGGAGGCGCUGGUGCCGGACUUCCAGGGGCGGCGCGAAUGUGUGGACCUGGUGGCGCGCAGCGGGCUGGACGUGUUUGCGCACAACGUGGAGACGGUGGAGCGGCUGCAGGGGGUGGUGCGCGACCGGCGCGCGGGCUGGGCACAGAGCCUGGGCGUGCUGGCGGCGGCCAAGCAGGCGGGGGCGCGCGUCACCAAGACGUCCAUCAUGCUGGGCUGCGGGGAGACGCCGGACGAGGUGGUGCAGACGCUCAAGACGCUCAGGCGCUACGAUGUGGAUGUGGUGACCCUGGGGCAGUACAUGCGCCCCACCAAGCGCCACAUGGCGGUGGCCGAGUAUGUGACGCCAGAGGCGUUUGAGGCCUACCAAAAGAUUGCGGAGGGCAUGGGCUUCCUGUACGCCGCCAGCGGCCCCAUGGUGCGCAGCAGCUACCGCGCCGGCGAGUUCUUCCUGAAGAACAUGCUCAGGCGGCAGCAGCAGGAGGCGGCAGAGCAGGCGGCAGUGGGCGCCGCGGCAUGA